UUAAAUACCAUUAAAUUACCAACGAAUGUGAUGCGGAAAAAGGAAGGCCUCAAUGUAAGACAUACAAAAAUAAAAUAAAAUUCAAAAUAGAAAAAUUCACGUUACGAUUUGUUACAUUUUACAAGCACAAAUUGACUUGUUUCACAAUCUGAAGCUUCACAUGAUUCAUAUCUAAACAAAUGUGCAUUCAUCCGAACCUAAAUUGUGCGCAAACGUCCAUUCGCCUUUACAGCGCAGUUCAAUGCAGUUUAUUGCCUUGAAAGAUUGUACCAUGCACCGUCUCGAAGAUUUAACGAAAGUCAAUCGCAAAUGGUGGUGGAAAAUAUUAGGCUCUAUAAAUUGAAUUGUAACCAAUAGGCUAAAAAUUAAUGUUGCAGAAAUUGCUAAAGCGCAAACAACAGUUGGAGGAGAAGCGUUGAAUAAAAUGGAUAUUUUUUUAAGCAAGUGUUUGCUACGUUUUAUUCUCAGCAAAUUAUUUGGAAUAUUUCAUUGCAGAACAAACAACUGCGAUAUCUACUUUUUAUUUUUUGUUUGCUUAGCUGUCGGAAGAUCACUAGUGGCAAAGAAACGAGGCUACAACGUCGAUUUAUGUGGAAGCAAAUGCACAUGGACAACUUAGUAAAUGACAUGGCUACCAGAGCGCAUGCCAUGAAGCACAUGUUCUCCGAUCUUGUGCCUACUGCACACUCAGUGUUGCCAAAUAAAAUACUCGAUUAUUUGCCUUCGGAAACUACCAGAGUAAAAUAUAUCAUACGCAAUCCAACAACAAAAAAACCUAUGAAAAUUAUCAAAAUUCAGCCAAAUAAAAAGAUAGUUAAGAUCUUGCCAAAACCAGCUAUUACUUUGGACACGAAAUCUAUAAUUUCAAAAAAGAAAAUAGUGCCAACAUAUCUUAGCAACGACCAAAUGGAUAAAUUGGAAAAGGAACAGGAGUUAAUUGCUGAAGGGCGAUUACCACACAAAAGUGAGGAUGAAUUACUAAAUCAUAUUUCAGAGGGAGAAAAAUAUACUCAGCAAUCAAACGAAGAAGUGAACCAUCAAUACAAUUCCUGGUUACCAAUUUUUGAUAAUGAUGAUACAGAUUAUUCCCUCUCGUCCAGCAAACCAAGUGUAUUAAGUUCAUUGCACACUAGUAUUAUGGCAGAGGCUCUACCUAAACCAGAAAAACAAAUAGCUGAACUCUCAAUUCCGUCCACUAUUGGACAGGGUCAUCAGCAAAGUCAUGAUUCGCAGCUGCUACAAAACUACUACGACGAGACAACGCAGGCAAACGGUUAUGAAGUAACGGAGCACAUCGCAGAAGAGUCUAUAUCAUUACCAAUAACGCAAGGUUCACGUAUUAGUGUUCGUAUUGGUUCGGCACCACCUAAAUAUACUCUAAGCCAACCUACACAUAUAACUAACAGGAAAAAAUUUAGCUCAACACCUCCAGAAAGUGUCUCCACAGAAGAACCUCCAAACUAUCCACCCAAUUUCCUACGUCGCUUCCAAGAACAACGAUCAAAUUUAGCUUCAAUUUCGAUAUCCCCAAGUACAACAAACUCUACCCCAGCUCUUAGAUCAAAUCACCGCAAAACCAUAGCAGAGCUUAAUACAGAUUGGACUCCUAAAGCAAGUAAUACUAGUAACACAAAGGAAACAGUUAAGUUCAGAUCUCGAUUUCAAGGAAUGCCCACACGCAUUCAAAGUGAAAAAUGGCCUAAGGAAGUUUCUACUUUAUCGACUAUUAUGCAUUUAUCACCUGAUGAUAGGUUUUCAACGUCUGAAAACUCCGCUGAAAUAAAAUCUUCUGUAUUUGCUUCUACGACUACAACAACAACUUUAGAAGCAGAAAGCAAGCAACAAUCUGCUGUGCCAUUAGCGGGUAGAUUAAGAAAACCACCAUUAACCACGUCAGUUAAAAUAAGACAAAGCGCCGAGUUACCAAAACUACGAGAUAUGCGAGUGCAUAAUCGUGGGACAAUCAAAUUCGCCGACAAAAUUUUUGCAGAAGAAUAAAUGUACCUUCUAAACAUACACACCUACAUAUAUGCAUACAUGCACAUUUAUGUUAAUAUUUCUAUACUUCUGUUAUUUGGAGUAAGCACAUUAGUCCCAAUAAGAUUUUAUUAAAGAAAUUGAGUUCUUGAAGUAGUUCAGUUUAUUAUUAGUACAAACUAAAGAACUUAGACAGUGCCGCAUAUCUCUCAU